CAUUCUCAUGGAAGAAACGCUUCUACCAAUUAAGAAGUACUCUCGACGUGCUGGGUCCACCACUCGCGGCGGGACCCAGCUGCCGGAGAGCCCAAGAUUGCCUAUGGAGUUUCUAUCCAGGUCAUGGAGUGCUUCGGCUCUUGAAGUCUCCAAAGCUCUGGCUCCUCCUACUCCUCCUCCUCCUCUUCAUCAUCAUCAUAAUUAUUCUUCUUCAUCUUCUUAUUCGAGCAUGGCUUCCAAGUCAGCCAGUGGCUCUUCUUCUUGCGCCACCAAUUCUAUACCCGAAUAUAUCUCCGGCGAGUCAGAGGAGCUUCCACCGACUACACAUUCAGCUGGGAACCAGUUCUCUUUCGCUUCCUCUGCUACUUCCCAGCUUGUUCUUGAACGCAUUAUGUCACAGUCUGUUAGAGAGGAAGUGUCGCCAUUGACGUCAGGGAGGCUAUCUCACAGUAGCGAACCUUUGAACGGCCUCGGUUCUUUAACAGGAACAGAUAGCCCACCAGUUUCUCCCUCUGAGGAAUUUGAUGACGUCGUUAAGUUUUUCCGUGCCAACAACACCAUACAUCAUCUGUUCAAUGGUGGGCGUGCCAGCUCCGGCAAUAGCAAUGGCAACCCCGGCGGUGGAUCCAAAACAGUUGGGAGGUGGUUGAAGGACAGGCGAGAGAAGAAGAAAGAGGAAAGCAGAACCCACAAUGCCCAGAUCCACGCAGCUGUUUCGGUUGCUGCGGUGGCGGCGGCCAUAGCAGCCAUUACGGCAGCCACAGCGGCCUCUUCGGCGUCAGGAAAGAAUGAGCAGUCGGCUAAGACUGACAUGGCGGUGGCAUCAGCCGCAACUUUAGUAGCUGCGCAGUGUGUGGAGGCUGCAGAAGCCAUGGGAGCUGAGCGUGAUCAGCUUGCUUCGGUUGUUAGCUCUGCUGUUAAUGUCCGUUCUCCUGACGAUAUCGUUACUCUUACAGCUGCAGCAGCUACGGCACUACGUGGGGCAGCAACCUUGAAGGCAAGAGCAUUGAAGGAAGUGUUGAAUGUUGCAGCAGUUGCACCGCUGGACAAAGGAAUGGGAAUUGGAUUUUGUGUUAAAGGGAACAAUGGUCAUCCUAGUGGCAGCUCUAGUGAAGAGCUUGCUCCCCUUGAGAAUUUUCUAGGCAACUAUGGCCUAGACCUUCUUGCUAGGGGCAGUGAACUCCUUAAACGCACCCGCAAAGGCGAUCUUCAUUGGAAGAUUGUCUCUGUUUAUAUUCAUCGGACGGGCCAGGUAAUGCUAAAGAUGAAGAGCAAACAUGUUGCAGGGACCAUCACCAAAAAGAAAAAGAAUGUGGUAAUGGAGUUGUACAAGGAUAUGCCAGCAUGGCCGGGAAGACACCUGUUUGAUGGGGGAGAGCAUCGACGUUACUUUGGAUUGAAGACAGAAACAAGAGGUAUUGUGGAGUUUGAGUGCAAGAAUCAGAGGGAAUAUGACAUCUGGACUCAAGGAGUUUCAAGGCUUCUCUAUGUUGUGGCAGAAAAAAAGAACUCUCACACUGCGUGAAGUUUUUGUCUGCUGGGAAGGAAUAAGCAUCAGGACAAUCAAUUUGAUCUAGCUAGGGAGAUAGGUAAAGGCCCUAAGCAAAAGCAAAAGAUAGUAGAGAUAGCUUUCAAUGCUUUAGUAGAAGGAAAGGAGAAACGAGUGGGAAAGGGAUCAAGGCUGCUUUGAGUUGAAGUAAGAGCAAAUAUUAUUCGAUCAGUUGCCCUGCUUUUUGACUAUGAUUUCAGAUAUGGAUCGUAUUAAUUAGUUAUUCUAUGAAAAUAUGCUGUUUGUCAUAACA